AUGAAUCCCACCCUUCCCACGUGGAAGGACCGUACGCAAAACCAGUUUGGAAAGCUUCAAAUCCAGGUCCCAUGGCGGUCCAUUCAGCUCCUCUUUCCGCAUCGCAUGCGGCGGAAGUUGAGGUCCAAGUUGCGCAGUAGAGUGUCUCCGACCUCAUCGAUAGCCUCUUUACAAACGUCGUUGUCGCCUGGGGAUACAUUACGAUCGCUGCAAAGCCAUCGAUGGACUGUCUACGAUUUCCAGUAUCUGCUGCUCUUGAUCGUUGGCAUCUUUUCUUUGACCGUCAUCGAAUCACCUGGACCUUUAGGCAAAACGGGAAUAUUUACUAUGCUCCUAUUUUCGCUUCUACUCCCUAUGACCCGCCAGUUCUUCCUCCCCUUUCUGCCGAUUGCCGGAUGGCUUUUAUUCUUCUACGCCUGCCAGUUCAUUCCAAGCGACUGGCGUCCUGCGAUUUGGGUCCGUGUUUUGCCCGCUCUGGAGAAUAUUCUUUAUGGCGCCAACAUCAGUAAUAUUCUAUCCGCUCACCAAAGCGUUGUGCUCGAUGUGUUGGCAUGGCUGCCGUACGGUAUCUGCCAUUACGGUGCUCCGUUCGUCUGUUCAAUAAUCAUGUUUGUCUUCGGACCUCCCGGCACCGUUCCCCUCUUCGCGCGCACUUUUGGCUAUAUCAGCAUGGCCGCGGUUACCAUUCAACUGUUCUUCCCGUGCUCUGCUCCGUGGUACGAGAACCGAUACGGCCUAGCCCCCGCAGAUUACUCGAUUCACGGUGACCCGGCUGGUCUUGCCCGCAUUGACAAACUAUUCGGGAUUGACCUGUAUACCUCCGGCUUCCAUCAAUCUCCCGUCGUCUUCGGCGCGUUCCCAUCGUUGCAUGCUGCUGACUCAACUCUGGCCGCGCUGUUUAUGAGCCAUGUUUUCCCCCGCAUGAAGCCUGUCUUCGUCACCUACACCCUGUGGAUGUGGUGGGCAACCAUGUAUCUCUCUCACCACUAUGCGGUCGAUCUGGUUGCGGGUGGUCUGCUAGCUGCCAUUUCGUUCUACUUCGCCAAGACUCGAUUCCUUCCUCGUGUUCAGCUUGACAAGACGUUCCGUUGGGACUACGAUUAUGUGGAAUUCGGCGAAUCCGCCGUAGAGUAUGGCUACGGUUUGGCUAGCUAUGAUGGAGAGUUCAAUCUCGACAGCGAUGAAUGGACCGUUGGUUCUUCGUCCUCCAUCUCCUCAGGCUCUCUCAGCCCUGUUGACGACCACUACUCAUGGGAGACUGAAGCAUUGACUUCUCCUCAACCCGACAUCGAGUCGGGCCGACAUGGCUUCAGCCCCUGA